AAGCUCGUGCCAUAGCUUGUGUCUUAAGAGAAACACAUAUACAUCGCUAGGGUUUCCAAAAACACCUCUCUCCUUCUCCUGUCUCUUCUUCCUCCUCAUCCCGAGAACGAAACGACAUAUAAUCAUACGACAUGGCUAUCUUCAACACUCACAACACAUGGGCCUUUGCUUUCGGUUUACUUGGCAACAUCAUCUCCUUCUGCGUGUUCCUCUCUCCUGUGCUGACCUUCUACAGGAUUUGGAAGAAGAAGUCGACCGAAGGAUUCCAUUCACUUCCGUACCUGGUGGCGCUCUUCAGCGCGAUGCUGUGGCUAUACUACGCCACACAGAAGAGUGACGUUUUCCUUCUCGUCACCAUUAACUCCUUUGGCUGCUUCAUCGAGACCAUCUACAUCUCCCUCUUCAUCGCCUUCGCCAACAAGAAAGCUCGGAUGUUUACGUUGAAGGUUCUUCUGCUGAUGAACUUUGGAGGAUUCUGCUUGAUUCUCCUCCUUUGCCAAUUCCUGGUGAAAGGGUCAACUCGUGCAAAGAUCAUCGGAGGAAUCUGUGUCGGAUUCUCAGUCAGCGUCUUCGCUGCGCCGCUGAAUAUAUAUAGGGUGGUGAUAAAGACGAGAAGCGUAGAGUUCAUGCCCUUUAGCUUAUCCUUGACCCUUACCAUCAGCGCUGUUGUCUGGCUUCUUUAUGGCCUCUCUCUAAAGGAUUUCUACGUCGCCUUCCCAAAUGUGAUUGGUUUCCUUCUCGGUGCAAUCCAAAUGAUACUCUACGUGGUUUACAAAUACUGCAAAACGACGCCGAAUUUGGCGGAAAAAGAAGUGGAGGCUGCUAAAUUGCCCGAAGUGAGCAUCGAUAUGUUGAAGCUGGCCACCGUACUGUCGCCUGAGCCCGCAAUCGCAGUCGUCCGUUCCGCGAACACGUGCACCUGCAACAAUCGCACGGCUGAGAUCGACGAUGGACCCGACCCUAAAAACGGCAAGCAGUCCUCGUCUGUUAAAUGAGAAUGUUUUUUUACACCAUGCAUUGUUGACUUGUACCCUCUCCGAUACACGACCUCUCAUCCACCGCCACGUCACGCCACGCAUUACCCAUUUAUGUUCUGGUUGUACUUUUUUUCUUGAGUUUUUAUAUGUGUGCGAAGUAGAGGAUCGCUGCCCCUGGAAAUAAAUUCAUCCUCGGAUGAUACAUGUAUUUUCCGGAGUCGAUUUCUCUACUUUUUAAUUUUAUGUAAUUACCUAUUGAAAAUAUGUAUAUUCCCCAUUUUCAAUUAACGAACAAUUAUAAAAAAAAUUACCGAAUAA